AUUUCGAAAAGUGCUCAGAACUUUAUCCUCUCGUAUCUCGUGCCGACGCACUCUUGUUUGCCUCACUAUCUGCGUCUUUUUUCUGUACAAGCACACAGCUGUUUUCAAUGCGCCAGAUAAUCUCCUCAUUUUUCCCUAUUCAGCAUGAAUUCUGACGCUGAAAUGAACACGGAAGACGGAGGUUCGAGUCCAGAGGAAUUUGGAGAAGCGGACUGUUUUUCCGAAGAAGAAGAUGAAGAAAUCGUGCUGGACACCAGUGAUAAUGAUACUUCGUACGCCAAAGAAGACAAAAAAUCGGAGAAUGAGGUCCUCGACAACGACUUGUUGGAGGCUGAAAUGAACACGACGAUAGCUGAUGUUCAAGCAGUUCUUCAAGUUGAUCCCGGUGUUUGCCGAAUUCUUCUACACAAAUAUAAAUGGAAUAAAGAAUCAUUGCUGGAACGAUUAUACGAACAUCCCGACACAAUUGCUUUUCUAAUUGAUGCACAAGUUAUUCCACGUCAACAAGAAGUUAUUCCAGCUGGUGAUGCAGAAUGUGACAUUUGCUGCUCCAUGGAUGAACUUUCGGGUCUUUCAUGUAAUCAUAGAGCUUGUGCAGAAUGUUGGCAGGCAUAUUUGACCAAUAAAAUCGUAAGCGAUGCUCAAUCAGAGAUAGAGUGUAUGGCUCCAAAUUGUAAACUGCUAAUAGAAGAUGAAAAGGUACUCGCCUACAUCAAAGAUCCGACUAUAAUUGCGAAGUACCGUAAAAUGAUGGUGGCCAGCUACAUAGAAAUCAAUGCGCUUCUGAAAUGGUGUCCAGGGGUUGAUUGUGGGAGAACUGUCAAGGUUAGUCAUGGCGAGCCUCGACUUGUCGUGUGCACUUGUGGAUCUCGAUUCUGUUUCUCUUGUGGCCAGGAUUGGCAUGAACCAGUAAACUGUCGGCUUCUGAAGUUAUGGAUGAAAAAGUGCAAUGAUGACAGUGAAACAUCGAAUUGGAUCAAUUCAAACACAAAAGAAUGCCCGAAGUGUAUGGCGACAAUUGAGAAAAACGGUGGAUGCAAUCAGAUUACCUGUAAGAACACUGGAUGCAAGUUUCAAUUUUGUUGGAUGUGCCUCGGGCCGUGGACUGUUCAUGCAAACGCAUGGUAUAAAUGCAACAAAUUUGACGACGAAGCAUCUCAAACGGCCAGAACUGCACAAGAAUUGUACCGUGCAAAUUUGACACGUUAUCUUUUUUACUACAAUCGCUACAUGGGACAUUUACAAAGUUUGCGGUUGGAGGGAAAGUUGAACAAGACAGUUAAAGCGAAGAUGGAUCAAAUGCAGAAUCUCUCAAUGUCUUGGAUUGAUGUUCAAUUUCUACGAAAAGCGGUGGACGUGCUGUCGGAAUGCCGUAACACGUUGAUGUUCACAUACAUAUUCGCGUUUUAUUUGAAGCGAGACAACAAUUCAAUGAUCUUCGAGUCAAAUCAGAAGGAUCUUGAAAUGGAGACCGAGCAACUGUCCGGAUUGUUGGAACGAGAUCUUGAAAAUGAGGACUUGUUGACUCUCAAGCAGAAGGUCCAAGACACAUUCCGCUACGUGGAACACCGUCGCAAAGUACUCCUUGACCAUUGCGCCGAAGGCACCGAACAAGACAUUUGGCAGUACAACGAGUGAAAUUUGAUAAUGAUUGCAAUAAUGCUAAUAAUAUUCUCGCUUCUAAAAUAACUCAAUAUUCCUCAGGAUUCUCACCACAUUCACAAAUCUCUGAAAUUCUUUGAACCAUAUCAUGUUGUUCCACAUCAUGUUGUUUUUGGAUUAACUCGCGAUAAUUUCAUAUAUUUUCAUAAACAAUAACGGCUUCUUUCUACUAUAUUUGGGUUGCACUACUCCAUAUCUUAUUUUAUUUUCAAAUGUGAUUGCGAAAUUGAAAUCAUGAAAUGUGAAUUA